AGAUAAUGAAAUGCCUACGUGAUGAAACAAAGUGAAGGAAAUGACAUAGGCAGUUGAUGUAGCCUCAGGCUACCAUCGAUCUCCUGACUGUACAUCAGAAGGAAGAUCAUCUGCUUCUGAACUACCUCUGACUAUGGGUAACCGAAACCAUGGAAAGCGAAACUGUGGAGAAGCAGGCUGUCUUCUAGCACAACAGAUAACAUCUAAGGAAUGACCAGGUCAGGCCAUCAUGUGCAUGUUCCAGACCACUGUCCCUGAACACCUUGAUGCCAAGACCUUCUGGCUGUAGGGAAUAAGUGACUUAUGACAGACACCUGGAUCCUGUCUUUGUUUUGACCAGUUCCGGGAUGCCUGAGAAGACACGUGUACCAGACCACAAGCAUCAAUAAAAACCCCAGACCCCUAGCAAAGACUUCCUGUACUCUGACUGUACCUGCUCUCUCUCUCUAUUCCUUCAAUAAACUCUGCUUUCACCUCCUGAUGGUUCAAGUUUGAUUUCCAUCCUUUGUGAAGCCAAGGGCCAUCUUGGCUGGUCCUGUGUGACUCCCUCUGGGUCCUUCAACCCAGCCUGCCUGCAUCAUCUUGGCGACCACAAAGGGACCCUCAGAAGAACAGCAGUAUCGUCAGAUUGAGUCUGCAAAGCACAAUUUGGCUUUCAGGAACCGUACCUCUUUGGGGAAGCGGCAGCUGAGGGGACGCCGGCGCUCUCCAUGGCCAACGAAAAGCCCAAGCAAGAAGUCACGACUAAGAACAAUGAUCAUAUUAAUUUGAAGGUGGCAGGGCAGGAUGGUUCUAUGGUGUACUUUAAGAUUAAGAGGCAUACGCUACUCAGUAAACUGAUGAAAGCCUACUGUGAACGGCAGGGUUUGCCAAUGAGGCAGGUCAGGUUCCGAUUCGAUGGGCACCCGAUCAAGGAAACGGACACACCUGCACAGCUGGAAAUGGAGGACGAAGACACAAUUGAUGUGUUCCAGCAGCAGACAGGAGGUGGCUACUAAACGGGGAUCCUGCCACUUUACUCUAGAACUCGGUUCCUCCAGACCAAGAUAGGCUCAAUUAGAAAACCACAAUUCGGUUCUACCACAUCAUGACUACUACAGUACAGCUUUCUCUGUUCCU